AUGCCGCGGCUCCCGUGGCGCCUGGCCGGCCCGCUCCUCGCCGCCUUCGUCUCCGUCCCGUUCAUCCUCCCGCUGGCGCUCCCCCUCCUCCUCCGCUCCGCCUCCGCCUCCCCGCGGGCGCUCUCCCUCCACCGCCUCAGCUGGCUCCCCCAUCCACUGACACAGACGGCUCCGCCGCCUCGCGCCCCAUCACCGCCGCGUCCAACCGAGCCACCGCAGACACCGACACGGACUCCACCUCUGCCGCCGCCGUCUCCCUCUCCACCACCCCCCGAGACCACGGCGGAGGACGACGACAUGGCGGGCGAAACCGAGAGCGGAUGGUGCGACGUGUACGACGGGGGCUGGGUGCGGGAAGAGGAGGCGCGGCCGCUGUACGCGCCGGGGACGUGCCCCUUCGUGGACGAGGCCUACUCCUGCGCGGCGAACGGCCGGCCGGACGACGGGUACACGCGGUGGCGCUGGGCGCCGCGCCACUGCAGCCUCCCCAGGUUCAACGCGACGGACUUCCUGACGAGGCUGCGCGGCAAGCGGCUGAUGCUCGUCGGCGACUCCAUGAACCGGAACCAGUUCGAGUCCUUGCUCUGCAUCCUGCGCGAGGCGCUGCCGGACAAGUCCCGGAUGUUCGAGACGCACGGGUACAGGAUCAGCAAGGGCCGAGGAUACUUCGUCUUCAAGUUCGCGGACUACGACUGCACCGUGGAGUUCGUGCGGUCGCAUUUCCUGGUCCGCGAAGGGGUGCGCUUCAACCGGCAGAAGAACUCCAACCCCAUCCUCCAGAUCGACCGCAUCGACAAGACGGCCAGCCGGUGGAAGAAGGCCGACGUGCUCGUCUUCAACACCGGGCACUGGUGGACGCACGGCAAGACGGCGAGGGGGAAGAACUACUACAAAGAAGGCGACACGCUGUACCCCCAAUUCGACUCGACUGAGGCUUACAGGCGAGCACUCAAGACAUGGGCUCGCUGGAUCGACAAGAACAUGGACCCGACGGCAAGCGUCGUCUUCUACCGAGGAUACUCCACUGCACAUUUCAGGGGAGGCGACUGGGACUCCGGCGGCUCGUGCAACGGCGAGACGGAGCCGGCGUUCAAAGGCGCCAUCAUCGACAGCUACCCUCUGAAGAUGAGGAUCGUGGAGAAGGCCAUCGGCGGGAUGCGGUUCCCGGUGCGGCUGCUGAACGUGACGAGGCUGACCAACUUCCGAAGGGACGGGCACCCGUCGGUGUACGGAAAGGCGGGGGACAGGAAGAAGGUGUCCAGGAGGAAGCAGGACUGCAGCCACUGGUGCCUCCCCGGCGUGCCGGACGCGUGGAACGAGCUCAUCUACGCCUCCCUUGUCUUGGAACCCAACCCGAUCACAUGGAAAUACAGAUGA